GGUUCCCGACUUCACUACACUCAUGCAGCCUCCUCUUUCUCACCAGAGCCUUAAUAUUUAUCGUCUCCCCUUCCCUGUCCAGUUGGCCCUUGCUCAAUGUCUCAUUGCCCAACGCCAAUCACGGAUCUCCCAGCGCCCAAUGUGCCGCCAGCUCUCGCUUGCACCUGACCGCUUGGGCUGUCCCAUAUAAACCCGCAUCACAGACGUCCAGUAGCUCCCGUGGACGCCCUGCGGAAGGAUGAAGUCGCGUCGCCUGUUGUUGCUCGCUUCUCUGUGUGUGAUACUGCACCUAAUAAAGGCACAGGAGAGCGUCACCGCCGGGGUCCGGGCCACUCAAUCCCCCACCUGCGCGCGGAACGGAGACGCCAGCAACGCCAUCGAUGGGAACCCGGACCCGGACAUCAGGAGCUCGUCCUGCAGCCGAACCCGGCGCCAGUGUCGGCCCUGGUGGAGAGUGGAUCUGCUGGAACAUUACCGCAUCUUCGUGGUCAGCAUCACCGCCGCCAGCCGCAGGUGCGUGAGGCUGCGAGGCGCCGAGAUCCGCAUCGGGGACUCGCUGGAGAACAACGGGAACAACAACACUCUCUGUGCAAGAAUCUCCUCCAUCGGCUCGGGUGAGACGGCCAACUUCUACUGCGAGCCAGCUGGUGUCCACGGUCGCUUUCUCAACAUCGUGUUGCCGAGGUGCCGGGCGUCCCUCACUCUGUGCGAGGUGAAGGCGUUCGGAGCGCAUGAACCGCACUGAGCCCAUGCCUGGCAACCUUCCAGUGCCUCCAGCUUGUGCAACGGGCUCAGAUCGAGAACUGGUCUAGGUCCAGGCUUAUCCCGGGUCAGCUAAGCCCAACAUCGCUUCCAGCACCACAACAUAGCGAGCCAACAGUGAUGCUGCAGCCGGUAUG